GCAGGCAGCAGCGACUACACCCUGCAGGAGAGCAGCGUCUGCACAGAUACAUUCACCGUUACACCGGCUGCACGCAACCGGCUGGUCCUCCGGAGUCUCAACCCGUUGUCCACCAGCUCACACCGAAGACUUUAAAACAUGUUUGUCAGUUUUCUGUCUGUCGUGUUUCUGCUGGGCGCUGCAGUCAGAGGAACGACAACGACAGAUCUUACCACGCAUAAUUUCACCAAUGAGGGAAUGAUCAAUGAGACAUCCACCACUCCUGAGAUUUCUCACAACCACACAACCAGCAGUUUUACAACUUCACUACCCUCUACCACAGAGCACUUCACAGCUUCAGUAGCCAUUACAACUGUAGAAAAUGCCACAGCAGAAUCUACAACCUCACUACCCUCUACCACAGAGCACUUCACAGCUUCGGUAGCCACUACAACUGUAGAAAAUGCCACAGCAGAAUCUACAACCUCACUACCCUCUACCACAGAGCAAUUCACAGCUUUAGUAGCCAGUACCACUGUAGAAAAUGCCACAACAGAAUCUACAGCUUCACUACCAUCUACCACAGAGCACUUUACAGCUUCAGUAGCCACUACAACUGUAGGAAAUGCCACAGAAUCUGCAACUACGAAACCAACCACCACCCCUGCAGAGACGACCUUCUCUGAGCCGAGCCCCGAGCCCACCACCGCUACAGUCAACAACACCAUGGAGAACAGUAACUUCACCAGCAGCAGUCCAGCCAGUGGUACAACGCUGUCCACUACAAGCCUAGAGACAAGCCAACCCACCAACACUAGUGAGACUCCAAAAACAACCACCACACCUGCUCCAGAUCACACAAUGACAAGUGAAAACACAACUACAAGUGCACCGAUCACACAAAGCAACGAAACGACUACAAGUACACUAGUCACACAUAGCAAUGAAACGACUACAAGUACACCAGUCACACAAAGCAACGAAACAACUACCAUCACACAGGUCACACAAAGCAACAAAACGACUACAAGUACACCAGUCACACAAAACAACGAAACAACUACAAGUAUACCGGUCACACAAAGCAACGAAACAACUACAAUCACACAAAGCAACGUCACGACUACAAGUACACCAGUCACACAAAACAACAAAACAACUACAAGUGCACAGAUCACACAAAGCAACGUCACGACUACAAGUACACCGGUCACAAAAAGCAACAAAACAACUACAAGUACACCGAUCACACAAAACAACGAAACAACUACAAUAACACAAAGCAACGUCACAACUACAAGUACACCAGUCACACAAAACAACAAAACAACUACAAGUGCACAGAUCACACAAAGCAACGUCACGACUACAAGUGCACCGAUCACACAAAACAACGAAACAACUACAAUCACGCCGAUCACACAAAGCAACGUCACGACUACAAGUACACCGGUAACACAAAGCAACGUCACGACUACAAGUACACCAGUCACACAAAGCAAUGAAACAACUACAAUCACACCGACUGCACAGACCAACAACACAACCUUGGUUACAGCCAUAACACAGCCAAGCAACAUCACAACAACUCCAGCGGCCACACAAACCAACAACGGCACAGCAAAUCCAAGUCCAGUAACUCCAGAAACCUCUACAGCUGUACUAACUACAACUACACUAACAAACUCUACUAACACCUCGCCUGUGAUUCCCGCAUCCACCACCACAUUCUCCUCCUCCACUAUCACCACAAACACAACCCUCACAACCGGACCCCAACCCUCCUCACCUACCUCCAUCUCCACCUCCAGCUCUCUCCCUCCAAACACCUCCCCAGGCAGUAGCACCGUAACCCCCACUGGAAAUACCACCACCCUUAGUCCCUCAACAGCAACCUCAGGAGUGACCAGCCACACUGCAGGAACCACCACUUUGACUCAUUCAACCACACCAGCUAUUGGCAAUACAACAGCCUCCUCCACCGCCACACCAACCUCCACCAACACCAUCACCACCAUCAGCACUGGUACCACCAUCACUGUCACCACCGUGCGACCAACAGAGACCACCACCAACUCCACCACAGCUGCCCCGCCCAUCCCGGUCAAAGUGUGUCCUGCCGUCCCAUGCCCACUUGAUAGCAUCUGUCUUAAUGGCACUUGCCAGUGUCUCUCUGGCAGCUUCCUACAAGAUGACCGCUGUGUACCCGCCCAAGUGUUCCCAGGCCAUCUUCAUCUCACCUCCUUGACAUUUCAAAAGGAAAUGAACAACAGGUCCUCGACAGUAUUCCAGGAAACAGCGGCUGAGAUCUCAGCAGUGCUCAAAGAUGCCCUCAAAAAUCAGCCAGGGUAUAUUCAGUCUGAGGUUGUGCAACUGGCACCAGGAAGUGUGCAAGCAACUGUAAAUAACGUCUUUCAAAACACCAAUGCCACUCAAGAGACUGUUGAUCACUCCAUUAAAGAGGCCAUAGACAACUCAGCUGGCUCAAAUACACUGUUGGCUAAUGCUACAUUUACAGCUACAAACCUGUGUGAGCAGGACCCAUUACCCUGUGAUGACUUCACUACAACUUGCACAAAUACAAACGGACGUCCUGUUUGUUCCUGUAAAGAGGGCUACAUCUCCAUCUUGUACUCAAACACCAGCUGCAGAGCGUGUCCGAGCGGGCAGAGGGCAGUGGGAGACACGUGCCAGCCAUGUGCAUUUGGAUAUGCUGGCUUCAACUGCAAUGAUUCGGCUUUGUUGGCAGUGGUGGUCAUCUCCUGUGUACUGGGGGGAGUUCUUCUCCUCCUGAUCCUGGCUUUACUCAUUUACUGCUGCUGGAGGAGUUGCUCAAAGAGCAAGCCAGACUACAGCAGCAGUCCAUACUCAUCAGGCGACGUAAACCAGCCCUGGCCCACUGGCGUCACCCCCAUCCCCCGUGCCACCACUAACUGGGAUGCAACUCCUUCCAUAGAGAUGACAGAAGGGGGCAGCACUCGAGUCCUGGUGGACAAAAAGAAUUCAACCAACGGAGUGUCGGGAUCGUACGAUCUCGACCCAGAAGGAAUGAAGACCUUCAAGGGUAAAAAUCCAUCCCGUUACUCCUAUCUGGUUCAAGGACACGAGAACCCCUACUUCCUACCAGGAGAUGACAAGAAAAACUGACAAUCACCAGGCCAGCUGGGGAUGAAAUCCAUGCAGGAAUGAGGAACAUGGGAUCAAAAAUGAGUCGCUUAUUUAAACUCUGGCUCUACUGAGCAGGACCAGGUUAUUUAUAAAUGUUUGAACAUACUGGGAUUAAUUACAAAAGGAAAACAGCCACCAAAGAGAUUCCUUCAUAUGAACAAUCUGUUGAAAGUGAGGUUGUGUGCAUCAUGUCUGUUCUUUGGAAAGAGCUAAAUGGUGCUGAUUCUUACCAGUAGAUGUCGCCAUUGCUCACUAUAAUGCUCUCUUUUUAAAGGUACAUUUGACUUUUUUUAAAAAUCAUUCUGUAGUCUUUUAAAAUUAAGCUUCUUACAUUUGCUAAUUGCACUAAGUGUGUGUUAAGUUUACCACCAGUUUUCCUCUCAAAUCAAAGCUAAAUUGAACGUGGGCUUUACUAGAUAUUUUUCUUAUGGGUGUGAUUAUUUUUUAGAAAAAGAAAUCUAUGACUAAAGGGGCUGGAUCCCUGGUUUGGGGUAUUUUUAAAGGGAUUUAUAUUGUAGCUGAGCGCUCUCUAUCUGUUGCAAAAUGUGCCUGUUUGUCAAAUAGGAAACAUGCAAAGCUGGUGAUAAAGCCUGUCUCCUGGAUGUGCCAAUUAUCACGUGUAUACAAUUCUUUUGAAAACUCUUAUAUAUAUAUAUAUAUAUAUAUUUAUCCUCAUGUGUCUGAGACAGUGCACUGUUUUAUAAGUGUGUGAAGAUCUGUUGGCAGAGAAUGUAUGUGUGUGUGUUUGUGUGAGUGUGUGCA